UUCAAUGUUGUUGCCGAGGCGAUGCACUAAAUUUGUAAAAGUUUGGUUUCUUAAAAAAAGUGAAUAUUUUUGAAUAAAUAAUGAAGAGUGUAUUAAUGCUGUAAUAAAUCGAUUAGAAGUAGUUUUGGUUAUUAUUUGUAGUAAGCGGAAGGAUAUAUUAUCCUUUAUAGGAAAAUGUUUUCAAUAUGUAAACAAACACAUCCAGCGACUGGAGUUGAACAUGCUAUAAGUUGCUAUUUUUUCAAUAAAACCGAGAGAAAUUUAGUACUAGCAGGAGCAAAUACACUAAAAGUGUUCAGGCUUAUUCCUGAUGUCGAUCCUAAAAGUAAAGAAAAAAUAUCAGAAAUUUAUCCUCCAAAAUCGAAACUAGAAUGUAUGGCUCAGUUUUCUUUAUUUGGGAAUAUUAUGGCUGUAGAAAGUGUGAGCCUUGCAUGUUCUCCGAGAGAUGCAUUACUUUUGUCCUUUGCUGAUGCUAAGUUAUCUGUAGUGGAAUAUGAACCUGAAAGUCAUGAUUUGCGAACAUUAAGUUUGCAUUAUUUCGAAGAUGAUGAAAUAAAGGACGGUUGGACCCAUCAUCAUCAUAUUCCUCUUGUGCGAGCUGAUCCUGAAAACCGAUGUGCUGUAAUGACUGUUUUUGGCAGAAAACUGGUCAUUUUACCUUUUAGAAGGGAUACUUCAAUUGACGACACAGAUACUGAUGUGAAACCAAUGAGCCAAAAUGCCUACAGUUCAAAGGCACCUAUAUUAUCAUCAUAUAUGAUACAUUUGAAAGAAUUGAUGGACAAAAUCGAUAAUGUAAUAGAUAUACAGUUUUUACAUGGAUAUUAUGAACCUACUCUGUUGAUUCUGUAUGAGCCACUCAAAACAUUUUCAGGACGUGUGGCUGUCCGAACCGAUACCUGUGCUAUGGCUGCCAUUUCACUAAAUCUUCAACAAAAGGUACACCCAGUAAUUUGGAGCGUUUCAAAUUUACCUUUCGACUGCAUAAAAGCAAUUCCAAUAAAAAAGCCACUAGGAGGAACGCUGAUAAUGUCAGUGAACGCUUUGAUUUAUUUGAAUCAGAGUAUUCCACCAUAUGGGGUCUCUUUGAAUAGUAUUGCCGAGACCUGCACCAAUUUUCCUUUGAAGCCACAAGAAGGAAUAAAAAUAAGUUUGGAUUGUGCACAAAUUGGAUUUUUAGAAGAUGACACUUUGGUGUUGUCUUUGAAAAAUGGAGAUCUCUAUGUGUUAACUUUGCUAGCUGAUAGUAUGAGAUAUGUCCGAACAUUUCAUUUUCACUUAGCAGCCUCUAGCGUAUUAACGACUUGUCUAUGUAUUUGUGAACACAAUUUCCUAUUCCUUGGUUCUCGUUUGGGAAAUUCAUUGCUUCUGCGUUUUCAAGAAAAGUGCAACGAAGUCAUAGUUCUAGACGACUCUGAAGAACCGGCUUCUAAACGUUCAAAAACCGACGGGGAAGAUGAUAGGGUGCUAGAUUCUUUAACAGAUUGCAUUGCUUCCGAUGUACAAGAUAUUCGGGAUCCUGAAGAAUUCGAGGUGUAUGGAAAUCAGCAAGAAACAAGCUUACAGUUGAAAAGUUACACGUUUGAGGUAUGUGAUAGUUUAUUAAAUAUAGGGCCAUGCGGUAACUUGACACUUGGCGAGCCAGCUUUCCUGAGUGAAGAAUUCUCGAAUAGAGUCAAUAUUGACCUUGAGAUCGCAACGACUUCAGGAUACGGAAAGAAUGGAGCAUUGUGCAUUUUACAGAGGUCAAUUCGACCGCAAGUUGUAACUACUUACACCUUACCUGGCUGUUAUAAUGUUUGGACAGUUUGUAAUGGUGGAGAUAAACAUGCGUUUCUCCUCUUGGGUAGAGAAGAAGAUACAUUAGUUCUGCAGACAGGUCAAGAAAUCGAUGAGAUCACAAACAGUGGAUUUGCUGUGGACUGUCCAAGUGUUUUUGCGGGUAAUCUUGGUCAUAACAAAUAUAUUGUACAGGUUACAACGGCAUCUAUCCGAUUGCUCAGAGGACCAGUUCAAAUUCAGCAUAUUCCCUUAAAUUUGGGGUCAGCUGUGGUUUUUGCAACAAGUGCGGAUCCUUAUAUUGCACUUUUGACCACUGAUGGACAAGUUAUAACGUUUAUGUUGAGGGAAUCUAAACAAACAGGGGCUGCUAAAUUAGUCAUCAGCAAGUCCACCCUCUCCAACAUUCCUCCUGUCACGAAUAUCUGUCUAUACAAGGAUCUUUCCGGGCUAUUCUGUAGUAAAAUUCCAGAGGAAUUCACAUUUGUUCCACAAUUUGUGUCCAACGAGAGUGACGUUAAACCAGAUGUCGAGAACGAGGAUGACUUAUUGUAUGGCGACAACAGCGACUUCAAGAUGCCUUCCCUGAAUCCACCACCGCCCAAACCUAGACUGAGGCAUAAUUGGUGGAAAAAAUACCUCACCGAGUAUAAAAAAACCUAUUGGUUGUUCGUCAUUAGAGAUAACUGCCAUUUGGAAUUAUACUCGGUGCCUAAUUUCAAACUGUGUUAUUAUGUAGCCAAUAUUUGUCAUGGUCCAAAAGUGUUGGUGGAUAAUUUGGAAUCGGUAUUACCUGGAAGCAAUACUACACUGCAGCCGGGGGUUGAUCAUCGAAUUAAAGAAAUAUUGGUGGCUUCAUUGGGAAAUAAGGGAUCGAGGCCCUUGUUAUUCGUUAGAAUGGAGAGAGAUAUUUAUAUCUAUGAAGUAUUCAGGUAUCCUCGAGGUAAUCUUAAAUUGCGAUUCAGGAAAAUGAAGCAUGAUAUAAUAUACGAAGGAAACACAGAUGUGUUACAAGAUUCUGAUAAUUCUGACUGGUUUUAUGUUCACGAAAACAUUCCAAAAAUGAGGUACUUCAGCAAUGUGGCUGGAUAUAAUGGAGUAUUUAUAUGUGGCGUCAAUCCGCAGUGGAUAUUCUUACCACCUAGAGGUGAACUGAGGGUGCAUCCUAUGAGCAUAGAUGGGGAAUUGCAUUGUUUCGCCUCAUUCAACAAUCUCAAUUGUCAGUAUGGGUUCUUGUAUAUAAAUAGAAAGCACGAAUUAAGGAUUGGAUUAUUACCUGUUAAUUUGAGUUAUGAUGCUCCUUGGCCAGUGAGAAAGGUACCCUUAAGAUGUACUCCCCACUUUGUGACCUAUCAUCUGGAGUCUAAGACUUAUUGUUUGGUAACUAGUAUAGCAGAACCUUCGAAUAAAUAUUACAAAUUCAACGGUGAAGAUAAGGAAUUGUCAGUCGAAGAGAAGGGAGACCGAUUCCCAUAUCCACCUCAGGAAAUUUUCAGUGUUAUGCUCUUCUCCCCUGUAUCUUGGGACAUUAUUCCGAGUACCAAAAUAGACUUGGAGGAGUGGGAGCACGUCAAUUGUUUAAAGAAUGUUUCUUUGGCUUAUGAAGGAACCCGUUCAGGUUUGAGAGGUUACAUAGCAGUGGGGACUAAUUACAACUACGGUGAAGAUAUUACUUCUAGGGGCAGGAUUCUUAUUUAUGACAUCAUCGAAGUCGUUCCUGAACCAGGUCAGCCAUUAACCAAGAACAGAUUCAAAGAAAUAUAUGCGAAAGAACAGAAAGGGCCUGUCACUGCCUUAUCACAAGUCAGCGGGUUCUUGGUAUCAGCGGUUGGACAGAAGAUUUAUAUAUGGCAACUAACUGAUAACGAUCUGGUCGGAGUGGCCUUCAUAGAUACGCAAAUAUACACGCAUCAGAUAUUGGCUAUCAAAAAUUUACUUUUGAUUGCCGAUGUUUAUAAAUCCAUAUCAUUGCUUCGGUUCCAAGAGGAGCACAGGACACUUUCUCUUGUAUCAAGAGAUUUCAAGCCUUGUGAGGUAUAUUCAAUUGAAUAUUUAAUCGACGGAACUACAUUGGGAUUUUUAGUUUCUGAUAAAGAGAAAAAUCUCGUUUUGUACAUGUAUCAACCAGAAGCGAGAGAAUCAUUGGGAGGCCAAAAGUUACUGAGGAAGGCUGAUUUUCAUCUUGGUCAAAAUGUGAACACAUUCUUCCGAUUAGCUGUAAAAAUAACGGAAAGAGAUGAAGAUACUAAAAUUUUUACUGGAGGCGAUAGAAGACACAUGACAAUGUUUGCUACACUAGAUGGAGGAAUGGGAUAUAUCAUGCCUGUACCUGAAAAAACAUAUCGUCGACUACUUAUGUUGCAGAAUGUUCUGGUUACUCAUGGCGCCCAUAUUGCUGGUUUGAAUCCAAAAGCAUAUAGGACUUACAAGAGCCACAAAAAGUUAUCAGCGAAUCCCUGUCGUUCAAUAAUUGAUGGCGAAUUAGUUUGGAGUUUUCUCAGUCUUACGCUCACUGAAAAGGUUGAAGUCUCGAAGAAAAUUGGUACCAAAAUAGAUGAACUGUUGGAUGAUCUGAGCGAACUCCAGAAAUUGACAAGUCAUUUUUGAGUUAUAUAAUACUGUACAUAACGUGUAAUAAAAUAUUGAUAUGA